GUGAUCUAUAGCAAUUUAUGCCUGAGGCAUAACUCGGAGCAUAGUUAACUAGUUAUCGAAUCGCAUCCAGACUUUUUUCAGUCCGUUAUCAGUUUUCUACUCCACUCCAAUUUCCAUCCUCUACGUUCGAUACCAGUCUCUGAAAAUAUUGGACAGCUUCGAUAAACCAAAUCCGAUCUAGCCACCACAAUGGCUUCCCCUUGUGUUGCUUCUUCCAAGCUGGCUCUUCCCUCUGUCCUCCAAAGUCUCUUUCGCGCCGAGUUUGCCUCCGAACUUCGAUCUCAAGACUCUUUCUACAACCGAGCCAGACCUCUAUCGUUACGUCGAGCAUCUCUUCCAUCCCGAGGCUUUCAAAGCAAGCGAGCAAUCACCACUUCCCUUCCCCGAUCCCAGGAAUUUCAAUCUGAACAGCCGCCGUCCUCUUCCACCGAACCCUCUUCCGCCACUGAUAACUCCAGUCCGUCGCAGUUCGACCAUGUAGUGGAAAGCGCACUGGAAGACAAAGUCAAGCAUUCUGAAAAUUCUAAACGGCGGACAGAAUCUUCGCGGACUCCUCCAGAUACCAAAUCCAAAAGUCAAAAGCCCCCAAGCAUGCUGCAGCAACUACAACAGUCUCAGCAGAAAAAGAAGAAGCGCGAGGGAUGGCAAAUUCAGAAAGACGCAUUGAAAGGCAAGUUCAAGGAGGGAUGGAACCCAACCAAGAAGCUCUCGCCCGAUGCACUUGAUGGGAUCAGACACCUUCACGCCAUGGCUCCAGACCGCUUCACCACGCCGGUUCUCGCAGAACAGUUCAAGGUGUCCCCCGAGGCGGUCAGACGUAUCUUGAAAAGCAAAUGGAAGGCUUCGGAAACCGAAAUGGAUGACCGGCGCAAGCGUUGGGAGAAGCGACAUGACCGGAUUUGGAGCCAGAUGGCUGAGCUGGGUCUCAGACCGAAGAGGAAGCGCACUCAGGAAAUCGAUGAUUCCAAGGUAUUAUAUGAGGACGAUGGAUCGUGAGGCCUUGGUUAUCGGGGCCGUGUUUUCAACAAGAAUUCAAUUGCAAAGGAAAAUUUUGGAUCCAUAGUGGCAUUGCAUCUAAUGGGGUUUUUUUUUUUUUUUUUUUUUUUUUUUU